UACAUCCUGCUCAGAACGCAUUUUGAACGGUAGCGCAACCACAAGAUGUCGCUUUCAUAGUUGAAGACCUAUGGCAACCUACGCAUUUCCACCAGACUGUAUGGUAACAUGUGAGUGCUGGUACCGCCUACCUCAAAUACUCACCGACUUUGACAACGAGUGGCUACUUUGCUUAAAGGUGCGUUGGACGUUUCGACAGGGCUUCUUGAUAGAAGACUACACCGAGAAUGAAUUUAUGGGGUGAUGCUGCAGCUCUGCUGCUCCUGACAGCAGUGUGUCUGAGUUUCUGUGCGGAGGCCCUGGAGAAGGUGGAGGCCCGGUGCCAUUCUAACGUCAGCCUCCCCUGUGAUGCUCACAGCCAGAACUACCGCUCUCUCACCUGGUACAAGCUGCACAGCCGGACGAGUAUCCUCAAGAGGAAGGGGGGUAAUAUCACCACAUAUGAUUACCCCCGUGCAGUUGCCCUUGGGCCUCAGGGGGAGCUGAUCCUGCCCCGUGUUACCCCCGAUGACUCGGGCACCUUCGAGUGCCUCCGGAAGGCAAACGUUGGGGGGCAGAACCAGGAGUCAAUCAUUAACCUCUCUGUUACAGCCUGCAUUCGGCCCACGGAGGUGAUGCCCACGCCCAGCCUGCUGCCUGCUCUAGAGGGCCCCCUGCUGGAGGGGAUGGUGGUGGUGCACGCAGGCUGGGCCUUCCUUGGCUUCAGCUCCCUCAGCCUCCUCAAAAUCAUCCUCUGCUUCGUGUCCGUCAAGGUCUUUGCCAAGGUCAGAUGCUCCAGGAAUCAGCGGCUGGGAAGCCAAAGGUCACGGAGGUUUCAGGUGCGACCUAGGUUCGGGGGCGGAGUCGUUUCCUUUAUAAAGCGUGUCCUGCCGUGGAUGAAGGAGCUUGCUAGUACCGAGUGGCCUCACGUCCUGUUUCUAACGCCAACGGAUGGAUCUCUACUGUUGUGAAAUUGUGAUACUAGUCUUUUGUUAAUAAAUAAACCCCCUAGACACAAGCCCCCUUUGACUUUUUGUCUUUAAUGUUGCAGUCAGCGAGGCUGGCCGUAACAUAUUGGGAUCUUCGUCCGGUUUUUGAAUUCGGUUAGUAGUUGUCCAACAUUGCGACUGUUUGUGAGUAUUGUGUUGACUGGGUUAGGGUUAGGAGUAUUGGGUUAGUGUUUGUGAGUAUUGUGUUGACUGGGUGUAUUAGCGUGCAUUUGCGCUGGUAGCCACUGUCUGCCACUUUGUUAUUUUAGUUUGUUGUUUUCUGGUGGUAAUCCUUACGUGUGUGCGUUAUCAGGAGGUUUGUUGUAGGCUGCACUACUGGCUUGCUGCAUCCUCCUGAGCUAAACGGAUAAAGUAUACCAGGUAGGGAACCCACUGAAGACUAGCAAGGGUAAGUUAGAGUUUUCUAUUUUCAUAGGUAGGUAGGGGUUGCGGUGUGGUAGCGAAGUCACCCAGUUAAGUCUCACGUUUUUGCGUCGCCUUGUAGACUUUUGAGCAUCCUGUUCGUGUGUGGGCGUGACUUCUGAUCCAUUCGGGAGUGUUUUGUGAUUAUUUUGGGGCACUUUUUGUGAUCACUGCGUGAAUUUUGUGGUAUAGCAGCCAUUUUGAUUUUGUUUUGUGUGUAGUGGUAGUGUGGUUGUGUGAUCAUGACUUCUGCAGCGCAGGACUUGGCAGACAAUCCCUCGGAGGGGGCAUUUCACCGCCUCACGAAAGAUCAGCUGAUAGAGGUAGCAGCGAUCUUUAAGAUCGAGUUGACUAGCGGUGAAAAGCAAAUAAAACGCACCGUUAAGUCCGUCAUACUGCCCUUUUUGGUGGAGAAGGGAGUCUUGCCACCAGUAGAUAUGAGAGAGACGAUUCACAUGAAGGAGCUGUCUAUUGAGGAGAAAAAAUUGCCUCCCUGGCGCGGUUGCCACCCACCUCAACGAGCGUCAGGUUGACACUCUGCACGAAGCUGUUGUCUUGGCUGACGAGUUUGCGUUAACGCAUUACUUCUACUCCAGAGACCCGCACAGGCCAAUUCCGCAGAGAGAGGGUAUUGCGUUCUUCCAUUAGCCCGGAGCAAGCCUGUUUCUAUUGUAAGAAGCGCGGACACUUGGUGGCAGAGUGUCCGGUGUUAGAGAGGAAACAGGCUGCGGAUAUGGUCACCGUAAUUAAAGCUACUCCCCAUCCAACGCUGCCAAUGACCGAAUCCACCAGUGACUCAGAGUCUGGUUAUGAGCCUUUUCUCAGUGACGGUUUUGUGUCGCUGCCUGGUGGGCAACACCUUACACCGAUGCGCAUUCUCCGUGAUACUGGAGCCUCACUAUCGUUCAUCUUGCAAGGGGUUCUACCUCUCUCUGGUGAGUCAAAGAUUGGCCCCAGCGUUCUUGUGCGCGGUUUUGAGAUGGGCUCGACCAUUGUGCCACUCCACCAGAUAGAGUUGAAAUCUAACGUGCUUACAAAAGGCAGUGUAGCUGUCGGCGUUCGUAGAUCUCUGCCAGUUCUGGGAGUCACGUUUAUUCUAGGAAAUGAUAUCGGUGGUGGUAACGUUUGGAGUAGGGUUAAUUCGGAAGAGUUUCUGCAGGUUGCUGAACCUGUUGAACUUAUGAUUCACGAAUUUGCGCAGCAACAUCCCGAUGUGUUCCCCGCCUGUGCGGUGACUCGCGCUAUGGCGGGGGGAAACUCCUCGAAGCGUAGGGAGCGCUCAUCCUCUUGACGAGUCGGUAGUUCCGAAGUCAUCUCCUAGUGUUCGUCCUACUAGGUCUGACAAGGAAGCAAGUAAAGCUGGAAAAUAAUCUGGCCGAUUCACUAGCGAAAACCUAGUUGCUGCUCAGAAGGCUGAUAUGUCACUCGCCUGUCUUUUUCAAGCUGCCUCUUGCGAUGUCGACCUUAAUCAGGAAUGCUUCUUCGUGAGAGAUGGCAUUUUAAUGAGAGACCUAAUAGUGUUCCUGACCAGGGGAAUUCGGUCCAUCAGAUUGUGGUACCAUCUGUGUAUAGGGAGGAGAUUCUAAGAGUAGCCCACGAUGGCCUGGCUGGUCAUUUGGGUAUUGCGAAGACACUUAACCAACCACCAUCGAACUUUAUGUCCCGCGUGUUCGCUCGCACGCUGAAACAGCUGCGCAUACAACAUAAUGUUUCCAGUGCCUAUCAUCCUGAGAGCCAGAGGGCACUGGAACGUUAUCACCAAACGUUGAAGGGCAUGUUGCGUACGUAUUGCUUGGAGUCUGAUCGAGACUGGGCCGACGCCGUUCCCUGGUUACUGUUCGCAAGCAGGGAGGUAACCCAAGAAUCCCUUGGAUUCAGUCCUGCUGAUCUUGUGUUUAGGCACACACCCCGUGGGCCUUUGGCCGUGUUGAAAGAUCAGUUUUUAAGUGAGUCUCCUGUCAAGGACGUCUGCAGCCAUGUUACGAAUUUUAGGUCUCGUCUCCACCGAGCCCUUGAGUUGGCUCGAGAGAAUCUUGGGCGAGCUCAAGGUAAGAUGAAAAACUGGUAUGACCGUAAAGCGGUCAGUCGCCACUUUGAAGUGGGUGAGAAAGUCCUUUAGCUUCUUCCGAUUCCAGGUUCUGCGUUGCAAGCCCAGUUCAGUGGUCCGUAUGUGGUAGAGGACAAGGUCUCUGACCGUGAUUACGUAAUUGCUACUCCCGAUCGGCGCCAGCAGAGGCGUCUAUGCCAUGUUAACAUGCUGAUGCCUUAUUUUGAGCGUGUUCCAAUCGCUGCUUGUAGUCCAGUGUCCGAUACGUUGCCAUCCACGGAUGGUACGGUGCUGCUUUCUGUUUUGGUGGAGGAGAGUGACGACGCUGAGAGUUGCCCGGCCCGUGCUGUGGUUGAGGGGCGUCUUAACAAUACUGAAACACUCUCUGUUUUGCCUGAACAUCUCCCACACCUCUCAGACUCCCAGAGGGCUGACGUUUUAGAGAUUAUUCACCAGUUUCCUGAGCUGUUUAGUGAUGUACCGAAGCAAACUCACGACAUAGAACAUGACAUUGAUGUAGGUACUGCUGCUCCAAUUAAGCAGCACCCGUACCGGGUGAAUCCGGUAAAACGAGCGGUCUUGAGAAAGGAAGUUGAGUACAUGCUCUUGAAUCGGAUCUCUACUGUUGUGAAAUUGUGAUACUAGUCUUUUGUUAAUAAAUAAACCCCCUAGACACAAGC